UUUUCUUUGCAGUUUACACCCCCUUAGACGGACUCUGAAGAUUAUUGGAAAAUAUUCGCUAGUUUUCCUUUUUGUUUUUGUGUCUCAUAAGUUUACCGCAUAGUUUAUUAACUUUUAGUCCUAUAUAUUAUGUUUGGCACCCUCUAACGUCUUUUUUUCGAUUGGUGGUUGGUGAAAAAGCUUCACCUUCGUCUUAUAAAUAACAUACACAAACCUCAGGAUACCUUAUUCACAGUUAAAGGCGCUACUCCAGCCAUGGCCCUGAACUAUGAACCUCAUAUUUUGCGACUUUCCGAUGAUAUUCUUCUACAAAUCAUGUCAUUUCUAAAACUACAAGACAUUCUUACUGUGGCACAAGUAUGCAGGAGGCUGGAGAAAAUCAGUAAAGAUAGAACCCUGUGGAAAGAAGCAGAUUUGCGUUCUCGAUUCCUUACCCAUGCAGAACUUGAAGUUGCAGUCAAAUGCUUUCAUAGAGGGACAAAGGUACUGGCAUCAACUGGAUCAGUGAAGUUGCUAUCAGGAAAAGUUCAAGAAAACACAGAAUGUCUGUCUCCUGCACUUUUUGAGCUGGUGACCCAGUUUACAGAUCUGGAAACCUUGAUACUGGAGGAACACUUUAUCAAUGCUUCAAUCCUUACGUACAAAUGCUUCCCUCCAACAUUCAAGCAUCUGUCAAUGGAGAACUGUAAACUGAUUAAUGUCCCUGUCAAAGAAUCUUAUUUCUUUAACAUGGCAAGCCAGACACCCAAUUUAGAGAGCCUAAACUUGAAUGGUUGUUUGUGGUUUGAAGACCACUCGAUGAUGGCCAUCAGCAAAUGUCCAAAAUUAAAAAUCUUACGAUUAAGAGGAUGCGCAAAAGUAGGAACAUGCGCGGCAUAUAUAUUCCUGUCUGCCAGGUUUGGCUUCGAAAAUAUUGAAGUUCUUGAUUUGCGAGAAACAGCUAUAUCUGACGCCGAAGUCCGUGCGUUUAAAUCAAAACCAAAAUUAAAACGCUUGUACAUCGACGGGAGACUACACAGGAGACAAGAUAGCGAUGAAAUCGAUCGUGUCACAGACCGAAGUAUUAAUACUCCAGAGGAGUAUGCUCCUCACUUGGAGGUGCUGACACUGACCAAUACUGAAGUUAGUGAUGUGACUUUACGCCACCUGGCUCACAGCAUGCCUAAUCUUCAACUGAUGGAUGUCCGUGGCAGCAAAGUAACGGAGCCAGGAGUCAUCCGGCUUAAAACUGAAUUUUCUCUUCUACGAGUCGUGUGCGAUUUUCCGGAAUGGACAGUAGAUAGCUCACUCAUUUCACCAGAUUGGUGGAUAGAUCGUGAUUUUAUUUUCCAAGACGAUGUAAAACGCCAUCCAUCCUCGGUGUCAAGUUCAAGAGAUGCGACUGCGGAACCUCCUCGUCAUGAACGAAUUGAAAUUAUUGACGUUGGCCCAGGUAUGGUGCGCUUAAGACGAAUCAUUGAUCGUCCAUUUUUUCCCCUCCCGGUACCUCCUGAGGUGGUUCCUGAACCAGCAUCGAGGCAACCUCCUCAGCUUCAAUCUCCUCGUCCUGUGGACCAGGAACUUCCUCGGUCGCCUGAAUCUUUACGAUCCUCUAGCUCCGGUUCUUCGUCCCCUUCUCCGUUAGACAACAUCCAAAACCCCAGAGAUCCCUCCGUAUGAAUUUUUUUUAUUUCUAAUGUCUGUGUUGACUCGACCCGAUUACUCAACAAUAAAAUUUAUCGACUGA